UUUUGCCACAGAUCUGACGGCGGACGGCUUGCGGCCACGCGGCAGACGCAGUUUCUCAGGAUGUACAAUUCCAAUGAAUGCAGAUAACAGCACCGGAGGAGAAGGAGGAUCCGAUUCCGAGAACCGCCGAGCACGGAAGAUCUCUGGUGAAGCUUGUGGCUGAUGCAACGCUGGCGCUGGCGACGCUGCUGCGAGGGGUGCGGACGCUGCACUGGGGGAUCCGGUUCGGGCCAAGCAGGGUCGGCUCGAAGGUGAGUGUUUCUCGCUUCUCCUUCUUUUUUCUGUUUUUUUUUCUAUACGGAGUCUGUGUACUCGUUCAAUUAACCUUUUGCGAUCGAAAGCUGAGAUACAGCUGUCAGAAUAAAAAUUGGUCGAUUGCGAUGGCAAAGGAACUAACUCGUUCAAUAUCUACGCGCGCUUGUUCGUUAUAACGUGAACUCUUAAAUCUAAUCAGCGAAACUACAUUUUUCUGCUCCAGAUCCGAGCGUGGCGGAACGUGGCCGACUCUGAGUCUGCAGUGUUCGGUGAGUCGAAGAGAUACAAAAAGGGUGCAAAAAAUAAAUGGUGAUGGGAUACGCGAAAAUCUCAGGAGAUACGAGAUCGCAGGUGGCGAAUGUUUUUCUUUCCUUAUAAAACUCGUGUUAAUCAAUGCGAUUUAGUCUGUAGUCUUUUUCUGCUUACACGUAUGUUGUGAAAAAAACAUUGCUCGAAACAGUCAGGAAAUCGGUUCUUAAA